AUGAAUAUAAGUGAAAUUGAUUAUCCAUAUUAUUCAUAUAUUCCAUCACGUUUUGGUGCUGGAACUUUUUCAAUAUUUGUAUAUAUAUCAUUACUUGGUUGGUUUAUUCAAUCAUUACAUAUUCGAUGUCGUCCACUUGCAUUACCAAUAUUUCUAUUUCUUGCACAUUUAACUACAUUUAUUGAAUUAAUUUUACGAGGAACACUUUAUAUCGAUAUAUUAAAUACAAAAUUAUUAUAUAAAAUAACGGCACGAUUAUUAAGUUUAUCACCUCGAUUAUUACUUUUAGCUAAUUAUUAUUGUCUAGUUGAAUUACGUGGAAAACAAGCACGUAGAAUACUUGAUCGAACUAUUGAUAUUACAAUACCUAUUAUAGUAAUAAUAGCAGAAAUAUUUCUUAUUAUUGCUGAUGAACUUUCAUUCGAUAUAAAACAUUAUCAAUUAACUUUUUAUCUUCGACAAUCAUCAGGUGGAUUAAUUCUUAGUUUAUCUCUAAUCUUCUAUAUUAUUUGGUAUUUAUCAAUACCACAUGUUCGUCGUCUUUAUAUUUUACCAUUAUUAGCUGUAUCAAGUGCAUGUGUUUUAAUUGAAGCUAUUUAUAUUCAAAUAAUAUCAAUACCAUCUUUUUUCUUUCUUCUUAAACAAAAUGAACUUUGGUUUUAUACAGGUCAUCUAUGUCCCAUUGUUCUUGCUCUUGCUACUUGGUCUAUGUACCACCCUUCAAAAUUAUUACCUCCAUUAGAAAAAAAUAUUUCUCAUGAUGAAAAUGAUAAACAAUUACUUCCACCACAUUCAUCAGUUUGA